ACCCUGCACCUGAAAUGCCCCACCCUGCACCCCCAGCCCCAGUCUAGCCCGUCCAGGUGCAGGGCCAGGAGCAGGGGCACCUGUACCAGCUGGGGGGUCCGGCCAAUGAGCAGCUGCAGCCCCACAGCCAAUCAGCGUGCGCGCCGCCCCGGGCCCGUUAUCAGGCUGCCCGCCGCCCCUUUGCCUCCCGGGCGGGCGGGCGGGCGGCGGCCCGGAUGGGCGCCCGGGGGGCGGGUGGCGCCCAUGGACUCAAGCCGGGGCGCGUUCGUGCUGGGCAGCCCGCUGGCUGCGCUGCACCACAUGGCUGAGAUGAAGGCGUCUCUGCUGCCCUACGCGCUGCCCGCACCCGCCGGCCUCAAGGCGCCCACGCUGGGAGGGUUGGGCGGCCAGCUGCCCCUAGCCACCCCGCACGGCAUCAGCGACAUCUUGGGUCGGCCUCUGGGUGCGGGCGGCGGGCUGCUGGGCGGGCUGCCCCGGCUGGGAGCGUUGGCUUCCUCCGCCGGCGUCUACUUUGGGCCCGGGGCCACCGUGGGCCGCUACCCCAAGCCACUGGCUGAGCUGCCCGGCCGGCCGCCCAUCUUCUGGCCCGGCGUGGUGCAGGGCUCACCCUGGAGGGACCCCCGCCUGGGCGGCCCGGCCCCGGCCGGCGGGGUGCCGGACAAGGACGGCAAGAAGAAGCACUCGCGGCCGACCUUCUCGGGCCAGCAGAUCUUCGCGCUGGAGAAGACCUUCGAGCAGACCAAGUACCUGGCGGGCCCAGAGCGCGCGCGGCUGGCCUACUCGCUGGGCAUGACCGAGAGCCAGGUCAAGGUCUGGUUCCAGAACCGCCGGACCAAGUGGCGCAAGCGUCACGCCGCGGAGAUGGCGUCGGCCAAGAAGAAGCAGGACUCGGACGCGGAGAAGCUCAAGGUGGGCUGCUCGGACGCGGAGGAGGACGAGGAGUACAACCGCCCGCUGGACCCCAACUCCGACGACGAGAAGGUGUCGCGGCUGCUGCGCCGGCACCGACCGGGGGCCCUGGCGCUGGUCCCCCCCUGCGGGGCUGCGGGCCCGGCCCCCUAAGGACCGCAGAGCUAUUUUUUCCAGAUGAGUCGGGCGGGCGGCGGCGCGGGGCCGGGGAACCACUUUGUAGAGUCAAUAAAUUAUUUAAGUCGCCCCUGGAGCGCGG